UGACAGUCGGCAAUGUUGACACCGUGCUGGAUCAACACUAUAAAAGAUUUAAUCAAUACGAGCGAAAUACAAACUUCAGGUUUUUCUCAAUGAAGCACUGGAACUAGUCUAACCGUCAAGAUGGUAUUCGAAAGUCUUGCGGCAGGACUUAUCAACAAAUAUCUUGGAAAGUACAUCCAGAAUUUGGAUACGGAUAACUUGAAGAUUGGAAUAUUUAGUGGCCAUGUGGAACUAUCACAUCUUCAGCUCAAGCCAGAGGCCCUGUUUGAGUUGGAUCUCCCCAUCGAAGUCAAAGCAGGAUAUGUGGGUAAAAUCAGCUUGAACGUUCCCUGGACGAGUCUCUACACCCUCCCCGUGAUCGCAUCUGUUGAGGAUGUCUACUUGCUGGCUGGUCCCCUGUCCGAUCGCAAGUAUGACCCCGAGAAGGAAAAGCGGCUCCUUAACGCCAUCAAGAAACAAAAGUUGGAGGUGCUGGAGUCAGCCAGUCUCAUCAAUGAUGAUGAGAAGGGUGAAGACCCGGGUUUCUUUGAAAAACUUGGGGCAACGAUAAUUAACAACAUUCAGGUGUUCGUCAAGAAUAUCCACAUCCGCUACGAAGAUAAAGUUACGAAUCCUGACCAUCCGUUUGCAUUUGGCGUCAUCCUGAGGAACUUAUCGGCUGAGACGACCAAUUCGCAAUGGGAGGUGACGCAGAUUGAUGCGAAUACAAAGACUAUACACAAGGUUGUGAGUAUGAGUGACUUCGGAGCCUACUGGAAUCCGUAUCUGCCAGAACACAGCUUGGUCAGGACGAAGUUACACACAGAUGCUUGGCGGAACAUGUUGAAGAACGCCAUUGAAUCGCACAGCAUCAUGAAUGAAGAUUUUGACUUUGUGAUACGUCCCAUCUCUGCACAGUCAAAGCUGAUCCUGAACAUGUCAGAGAAGUUGUCAUUGCCGAAGUUCUUGGGUGACUUUGUCUUGCAGGAGAUCGACAUCAUGUUGUCAAGGCAACAGUUUUUGAAUGUGCUCAGCCUGACGGAGAGUUUCAAACUGAUGGAGGUCAAUCAGCAAUACAGGAAAUGGCGGCCGAAUGUUUCCGUGAAGAACAAUGUCAAGUCAUGGUGGAAAUAUGCUUACACCGCGAUUGUCGAGAGCUUUAUUAGGCCAUACUCGUGGCGGAGGAUCAAGGAACAUAGGAACAAAUAUCACCAGUACCGCGAUCUUUACAAACGUAAGUUAGAGAAACCAGACAGUGAGCAGAUAACGAGCCGCUUGGCUACCAUGGAGGAGGACUUGGAUAUCACCAAUAUUCUGCUGGCGAGAGAGCAUGCUAAGCUCGAGUAUGCUAGAGAAGCACCAGAAAGGGCAAAGAGGAAGAAGAAUGAUGAGGGAUUCUUUUCAGGCUGGUUUGGUAGUUCGGACAGUGAGGACGAAUAUGAAAUUCAGGAGCCGAAAAAGACAAAUUGGUUGUCCAAGCUUACUCCGGAUGAAAAGAAAAAGUUAUAUGAGGGCAUCGGAUAUGAUGAGAAUGCUAAUGUGGUGGAGAAACCACCCAGUUACAUCGAACACAAGGUUCUGAUCUACCUGAAAAGCUGUUCAAUCUGCCUAGUGAAUUAUGGGAAGGAGGUAUUGCGGACGUCCAUCACCAGUCUUUCUGCGUCGUUUGAGAAUCGACCACACGCCAAGGGAUUCCGAGUAACUGGUAAAACAGAGAGUUUUGUCGUGGAGGGUGCUUCCAUUGAACACGAACUUGUCCCCAUCAUAACCUCGGAUAUAGGUGUCUAUGAUUUAGCCGGUAAUGGUAGUUUUGCUCCCUCGCAAAUCACUGAAGUGUUCAACCUGGACAUUGAGAUGAAUCCUGUCCAAGGUGAUUCUGACGUCACCCUGAAACUCAAUGUGCAGCCAGUGGAGAUAGUCUAUGAUGAGCAUUCUGUGAAUGAAGUGAUCGCCUUCUUCCAAGUUCCCAACUUAGAGAUCAAUGAUGUCAAAGCAGCAUGUCAGCACCAAUUGGAAAUGUUUGCCGAAUACAGUCGCGCUGGUCUCCAGUACGCCAUAGACAACCACAAAACGAUAGACUUGACUGUAAAUAUGCGAUCGCCGUAUAUCGUCAUUCCGGAGUUUGGGACACUACAUCGGGGCGGGAAUGUCCUCGUGAUUGAUUUUGGUAAACUGAAGGUGGAGAGUGAGCUGCAACCUAAGAAUCAGAACUUGGAGAAUGCGACCAUGACGGAGAUUGAAUCGAGACUUUACGAUAAACUCAACAUCACCGUCACAGAUGUCAAGGUGUUGCUAGCCGACUCAGGUGAAGACUGGCAUACUGCUCAGACCCAGCCUGACUCCGAAUUCCACAUUCUACCCAGCGUCACCCUCCAGAUGUCAUUCUAUAGUUCUGUCAAGCCGGACUAUAAACAGUUACCACAGCAAAAGAUCGUUGCAAACCUCCCCACACUGAAGCUGAACGUGUCAGACAACAAGAUCGUGAUGCUGACAGCGUUUGCUAAGAACAUUCCAAUUCCUAACAGCCAGAGUAUGCCGAUACUCAUUGAGGACCAGGUUGAUUGCCCGAGGGAGCCAGGCCCUGCUGGCGUGUUGGAAGAGUCUAGUAAUGAAACGUCUGAUGCAUCUGAGGACAUUAGGGAAUGCCAACGGACGCCCAACUUAGUAGAGUUACGAGGGCUAAAGAAAAGGGUUAAUAAGUGUUGUGGUAAGAAGCUGAGAGGUAAAGACAAUGUCGAUAGUGGGAAUGUGCCGCCGCAAUCGACAAUUCCACAGGGGAAGAAAGGCAAGAAAGUUACAAAACUAGAGAAGGAGAAGUUUUAUUCUGCGUCGGAACACUCAGAUGAGGAUGUAGAAGACUGGGCAAAGCCUCUCCAAAUGCAGUCAGUCGACGACUCGCUGUCCGACAACAACCAUGUCAAAAUCCUUCUACGUCUCCGCGUUGGUGAAGUUGUGCUCCAGAUCAACAAACAGUCAGACCGUCAUGAUGUACCAUAUCUCAUGUUCCGGCUGAAUCGUGUGUGUACCGACGUGGCGGUAUUGGAUUACGGCUUGGCGUCCAACGUCAGCAUCGGCGGGAUCUCCGUCGUGGAUAAGAUGCAUACGUCGUCGUCUGGUAAAUACCUGGAAAUGAUGGUGUCCAAGGAUUCGGGGAUGGCUCUCAUUACCAUCAUGUAUCGAAAGGUGACCCCUGAUUGUCCCGACUUCAAGACCAUCUACAGAAGUGUCGAGCAAGGCUUCGUCGUUGAGUUCUCAUCUCUGCAGCUCAUAGUCGACCGAGUGGCCAUCAUCUAUCUGACGUCUUUCAUCCAGAACCUCACUUGCAGCAUCCAAAAUAAUGACAUGGUCCGAAGUCUGAGCACACCCAUAACGACACCUGUGGUCAAUGAAAGAGCAAUAAAAUCCAUACUGCCAAAGGUCCCUAUCCCGAAGGAAGUUAUACAGACGAUAGAUGAGACCGAUCUCACCAUGCCUCCUGGUAGCACGAAGGUGUACUUUGUCGCGAAAAUUUCAAAUGUUGGUUUGAAGCUGCAGACAAAGGAACAGGGUGUCGCUGAAUUGCAGGUUGAUGGCUUGGAGACGAAGAUAACCAUGAAGAGAAACCGAACCACCAUUUAUGCAAGGCUCCAGAACCUGCUGGUGGAAGACUCCACACCGGAGACGCUCUAUCCCAAGAUUCUCUCCAUCGAGGAUGACAGCCUCGUCGAUCUCAAGUUGGUCAUCUACAAUAAGGAGGGUAUGAAGCCAUCGCUGAGGAAGGAAGCCUUCGACUUUAGCAUCCGGUUCAGAGUUGGACGGGUCCAGGGAGUUUUCCUAAACAAGUUUGUCUCAAAUAUAACUGCAUUCGUGGAGCCUCUGAUAGGAGCCCUCACAUCAGAGCAAGCGGCCUACAUGAAGAAAGCUCAGGAUGCAGUCAAAACUCAGGUGCAAACCAUGGAAGUUGAAGGAAAGAAAAUCAGCAUGAACAUUGACGUCCGUGCGCCUGUGAUCUGGGUCCCCCAGCACUCCAAGUCCCCGUGUAUGCUGGUAGCGGAGCUUGGCGACCUCUCCUUGAAGAACUACCAUGAUAAGACGGAGGUGAAGACCGACAGAAAGACGCUGUAUCAGCAGUGGGAUCAUUACUAUCUCAACUUGGAUUCGGUACAGGUCAAGAGUCAAACCAUGGAAAUUGUAGUCGGGUCCUACCUGUCCCCACUCAGCACAGUCCAGCAUUGCCACACCAUCAUCGAACCAAUCAGCCUGAAGUUAGCGUUCAAACGGGCCAUUCAACCCCUCGUCACGCCUGAAGCUCAAUAUCAAAUCUCAGGGAAACUCAAUAUCAUCAAAGUCAAUAUCACUCAGAAGGACUUGAAGAUCACUCUAUGUGUCAUUAAGGAGAAUAUCGGAGAGGGCCAGAGAGGAAAAAUGAAAGAUCAAGUAGAUACCAACAACCUGCGGCCACCCAUUCCACAUCCAGGCUCCCUGAAUGAUGAUCUUGCGACCCCCACAGUAGGUGACCGCGUCAUGCCCAACACGGCCACAGCUAAACCAGAACCUCUGACCCGGGUCCAGUUGGCCAAGGCAUCGUUUGAGAUGGACGGUAUGGUGCUGGCUUUGCUAUCUGAAGCUGAUAUCCCUGUGUCUCCCAUAGCCCCCGGUAUGACCGAGGGCCUCUCCACGUUUGAGAUUGGCAAGAUAUCGAUGAAGGCAGCAAUGGACACAGACUGGGCAUGCCAGCUACACGUCACGCUGAGGAACCUUGCCUUGGAUGAUACACGACCUGACAGCAGGAUGGUCGUUAAAAGAAUCUUCCAAUAUUACUCAGUCGACGAGAAGGGUCGUAUUGUCGUCAACCGAGUGCAGGACGAGGCUGUUCCUCCAAUGGUUGACUUCCUGUACGAGAAAUCAGGAGAUGGGGCACAGAAAGUCAACCUCAGCGUCGAGAAGUUCCGCAUCAACCUCUGCGCCCCUUUCAUCAUGGCGUUGCUAAAGUUUGCGGAGACGGUCAAAUUGUCACUCUCAGCUGCCCCAGAUGUGGAGGAUGGGCUGAUGUUGGAGAAGCAAGAAUCUGACGAAUCGAACCAACAAGACAACGCAGCAAUGACACCAGAUGUCGACAACGGCCCACUGUUUCCGAUGGAUUUGUCGGCCAAUUUCAAAGAGGCAGAAGUAGUGGUGUUCUUUGAGCCGACGGUCCCGAGUAGUAAAAUUUGGGUGCUUAAGACCAAUGCAGAAGCCACAUUCCAACGUCAGUCCGGGGGAGAGAAGUUAAUCGCCAGGGUGAACGAUCUCCAAAUCAUAUCCUGCGUGUUCAGACAGAGGGCAAAAACUAAAUUUAUGGUACUACAGCCAUGCAACAUCUUCUUCAAGAGAUGCGUUGCCUUGGAUACGAACGUGACCGUCAUGGAGAUGCAGAUCACGGAUAUCUCCAUCAACAUCUCGACUACGAUCGUGCAGAUGACGUUACAGAUAGUCGAAUAUUUGUCUUCAGAGCUUGCUCUUAGGCGUGGGAGGGAUGAGGUAGACUUUGUGAUGCCACACUCGCCCCAAGAUCACCUAUGGACCAUCAAGAAGAUAUCAGCUGACAAGUGGCUCGAGAAAAAAGAUGAUGAGAAAUGUGAGGUCAUCAAACUGAAGAAACCAGUCAACCCCUCUGUGACCAUGAACGUUGGUAUUAACCUGGUGAUCGUCACGUUUGAGAUCGAGACGCUGGACUCACAUAUGCCGGUCCUGACCCUGAAGACAUCUCUCAAUGGGCACAUUGAUGAUUGGGUGCUGAUCCACUCUGAACUACACCUGGAGAUCCUUUACUACAAUGAGAAGCUAGCAGUGUGGGAGCCCUUCGUCGAGCCGGUCAUGGAGUCUGAGAAUGAUUAUCGACCUUGGGAGGUCAUGGUCAAGGUCAUCAAAGCACAAAGCCACAAUAUCGCUUGCCUCCACGAGGACCUACCAAUGGUCGAAUGCGAUGACUUGGAUGGCGAAAUAAAGUACAACAAUUCAAAGGGGCCGAAGAAGACGGAAAGUUCAGGGACAGACACUGACGAAGACACGGAAAUGACCGUGAUUCGCCCCAAGCUUGAUAAAGUGGGCCGCAUGAGGCAUGGAAGUGAGCGAAGCUUCGCAAGCACUAUCAGUAGUCAAUACUCCACUAGCAUCCACAGCAGUAUUCAGGGCGAGUCUGAUUCAGAACCUGAGGGCUUCAUUAACACAAUCAGUAGCAAACUCGGCAGUAUCUUUUCUAGUGAUAGCUCGGAUAAUGAUCAAAGUGAGGCUGAGCAUGAGGUGGACGCGGACGAUGGUGAUGGAUAUGGCGUGGAAAAUAAAGCGGUUUUCAUCACGUCACAGGGACCGGUUCAUCUUCACCAGGGCACCGAAGUUGACGUGGUUGACGGGGAGGAGGAAGAGGAACAAGAUACGUGCAUGUACGUCAUGGUCGACUCACGUGACAAACUACUGCUUAACGUGACACCACAAGCUAUCCAAGUGGCCAAGAUGAUACUAGAAACUCUCACCAAAGACUCGUCAGAAAUCCAUCGCAUGGUGAACAAGCCCUCAUUUGAAGUCCAUAACACACUUGGUUUGGAAGUGAAGUUGAAACUCCCUCCAGAAAUCAAGAGCGCUGUGACGAAGCUUGGCUGUAACCAGAGGCAGUGUUUGCCCAUCUCCAUGCAUUGUUUUGUCCCGGCCCUUGACUAUAAAGGAGUUGAGGUCUAUAAGAACAGCCUGGUCGACUGUAGUCUCGAGUAUGGGACCGAUUACACGGAGGACGAGGAUGAACCAGACAGCGCUGGUCUGGAUGUCACUGAUGGGCUGGAUGAGGUCGAUGGUCUGAGUUUUCUGUCGAAAGCCCUCGCCAAGGCUGGUCACGCUGCCUUGAGUGCUGGAGCAUUUGUCUAUGACGACGACGAUAAGACAUUCUACAACAAAGAGGACAUGGAUAGGCAUAAGGCACAUGUACUGAUUGAUGGUUUUGAUCCUCUGCAAAACUUGUCACACAGGAAGGCAGGCCAUUACAUGAUUCCUCUCACACCAGCAAAGCAUGACACUGAUUACUGCGUGCUGUUUGAUGUGGAGGCUGUCGAUGGAAGGAAAGUGAUCACCAUUAGGUCGCCGCUGCAGUUCCACAAUGACCUGACAGUGCCAAUAAACCUAUAUGUCCGGAGCAACGAGUUGACUAAACUCGGCACCGUACUACCAGUGGCCCGGGAAGAAUACACGAAGAUUACGUCACUCGAACCCAAGGAAGUUUACAACGUCCCGCUGUUCAUCGCGUAUCAAUGCAAAAUAUUCAUUGUCCCUGCCAGCAUCGGUCUCUUUGGCAGUUAUCAGUACAGCGGCGGUGUGAGCUGGCAGGAUCUAAGUGUCGCCAAGGACAAGAGCCGACUCUACACAUGUCUUCCAGAUGAACAGAGCACAAACCCAUUCAAUAAAAACCCGUUUAAUUUCAAGGUUGUCCUUGACACUGGAGUGGCAGCCCGUGGCCCGCACCAUCUUCCCAAGCUGAUACCAAACUUCUCCCUACAUCUCCAUCCACCCGUAGUCCUUCAUAACUAUCUGCCAUACGACAUACAGUUCUCUCUUGAGCAUUCUCCCUACAGCAGCCUGACCCAUGGAGAGAACACGCCACUGUAUACGGCUGAUCUACACAAAGCACAAAAGUUACAGAUACAGAUUGCUGAGUAUCUUGGUAGCGAUUGGUCCGGCAAUAUCGAACUUGGCUCCGAUAUGGACGGCUUCAAAGCAAUCAGCAUGGAACCGGAAGAAAAUAACACCAGUCACCAACUGAGUCUGAGCAUCCAUGCCAACCACAGCGUUGCUAUGGACUUGUUUAUAUAUUCUCCAUAUUGGAUUAUCAAUAAGACUGGACUUCCUGUUCAACUGAGGGGCUCUGGCUCCGAUGUUAUCUUCGAAAAUAACAUCUCUUCUGAUCCGCUCCUGUUCCGUUAUAAGAAAUACAAGAAGAAAAAGAUGUUCAGCUGUUUCAACUGUCUGUGUCUAAAAGAUCCAGAAUUAGAAAUUGAGCAAUCACUAGCGAGUACAGGGUCUAUGCUUCAGGCCAAGAUUCGCGUCUACAACUCCAAGUGGUCGCAGUCCUUCUCCCUUGAUACCGUCGGCAGUACCGGUGUCAUCAUAUGCAAUGACAAGGAGAGGAAGAGAAAAUACCAGUUUCUCCUCCAGAUUCAGAUGUCGAACCUUAAGCUGACCAAACUAGUGACGAUCACGCCCUACUUCCUGGUGGUCAACACCACACAGAGUCCACUCCGUUACAUGGAGAUCAACGAACAGGCAGAUCUAUGGAUGGAUAUCGCUCCUAAUGAGGUUUUGCCAUUCUUCCCCUCGACUGACAACAUGAGCCUGACUGUGCGCUACCACAACAGCCCUGUGUCAUCUCAAGCCUUCCCCAUCAAGCAACCACACUCGACUGUUCUGCGCAUGAAUAAUGGGACUGCCCUAGUGGUGGAGGUAGCGGGGGGCAUUGAGACAUCAACAACCGUCACAUUCCAAGGGUAUGACCACGGGGACGCGCCGGUCAGAAUCGAUAAUCUUUGCGAGGACGUCUUCAUCAAGCUCCAUCAAAAGAACCAGAGUCAAGUGACGCUCCUCUCCCCGAAUGAGCAGACGCUCUACACGUGGGAUGACCCGACCGCUGAGAGGACACUCAUGUGGAAUGUCUACAACAGGAAGAAGCCGAGUUUCCCUGCUUUCAUAACAAAGGAUAACUUCGGUGCUGAGAAACUGAAUAUUCAGACAGUGCCGGGAAACGGCUCCCCUAUGAGUACAGACGAUGAAUCAGAUGGGGAACCUGAGGACGAGCGGAAGAAGAACGGACAUGUCGCGAAACAUAUGCGGACGGAUAAGGUGGUCGUUUAUUGGGUGUCCUACAUGGACGGGUUACAGAGGGUGUUGAUGUUGACACAGGAUGAGAGGGUGUCGAAUAAAGCUAAGAAGAUGCACGAUUCUGAAAAGGCGACCUUUUCACUCUUCCUGUCAUUAGAUGGCGUUGGUGUCUCCCUCAUCAACAGCCUCAAGAUGGAAGUGUCGUUCAUCAGCAUUUACAGCGCCCCCACUCUGUGGGAAGUGGAAGUAAAUCACAAGUGGAAGAUGUUGAAUGUGGAGCUUGCGUCGUGGCUGGAGGAUAGGUUUAGCGGUGAACAUCAGCAGGCUAGUCUACAGGAUUAUAUUGAGGCUGACCUGAAGGAGAUGUCUAUGACAAAGCCGUUCAUUGGUGCUCUAAAGCGGACAUACCAUCCGGCCAUCUGGUUCAACUUCAGGCAGUCCGAAAACAACACUGCCGUACAUGCUAAAGUACACAGAAUACAGAUUGAUAACCAGCUCCCCGAUGCCUACUUCACCACAGUUCUCUACCCGACACCGGUGCCAUCUUACAUCUUGAAGAGGACCGGCAUCAAACCGUUCAUCGAGUUGGCUAUGAUGAAGCGGACAAUACCGGAGAACAACGUCAAUGCAUUCAAGUACUUUAAGGUGCUGAUUCAGGAGUUCAGUAUCAAGGUGGACAAAGGCUUCAUGCUGUCUGUCUACGAUAUCUUUGCCAAUCUCCAGAAGGAAACGACUGAGAGUAUGCAACUGCAAGCUGACUUGGCACUAGCUCACAGAAGUCUUAAGGAGGCAGCUGCUGUUAUGGUGUCGUCACGACCAGAGAAGAUUGUCUACGAAUAUCUUCAUCUGUCACCAUUAAAGAUGUCUGUGAGUUUCUCUCUCGGCGGCAAGGCCUACCAGGCGAACAAACCUCCUGCCUCGUUCGCCUCCGAUAUCAUCGACUUCUUCCUCAACUCAAUAGGUGUCACUCUCACUGAGAUUAAGGAUGUGGAACUAAGGAUGGCCUUCUUCGAGAGAAAAGGUGACAUGCUCUCCACACCACAGCUCCUGGCUGAGAUCAAGUCGCACUACAUCUCCCAGGCGGUCAAGCAGGCCUAUGUGCUGGUCCUCGGCCUAGAUGUCCUGGGGAACCCCUACGGACUGGUCAAGGAUUUCACGCAGGGGCUUGGGGAUUUGUUCUAUGAACCUAUCAUGGGGUCAGUUCAAGGCACUGAUGAGUUUGCUGGUGGCAUAGUGCGAGGUGUGAAGAGUCUCCUUGGUCAUACAGUGGGUGGAGCUGCUGGUUCGGUUGCAUUGAUUACAGGAUCGCUUGGUCGAGGAUUAGCGGCACUCUCUUUCGAUGAAGAUUACAAGAUCAGGAGGCGGAAGCGUAUGAACAGGGCCAAGAACCUUCCAGAAAGUUUAGCGAUCGGCGGCAAAGGCUUCAUCAUGGGGGUGGCCCUGGGUCUAUCUGGCAUUGUGGUGAGGCCUAUCAAGGGCAUCCAGGAGGAAGGCAUUGAGGGGUUCUUCAAGGGCAUUGGCAAAGGACUGCUUGACUUGAUAACUAAACCAGCUGGUGGCGUGCUAGAUAUGGUCAGCAUGGCGUUUGAUGGAAUUAGAAGGGCGGCAGAGAUGGGUGACCACAUCGUUGUCCGCAUGAGACUUCCACGAUACAUCCAGUUAGACCUCGGCCUGAAACCCUACUCGCCUUACCAGGCAGUGGGGCAGAGACUCUUACAGAACCUGUGCAAGGGGGAGUAUGCCAAGACGGAUCACUACUGGGCCCAUGCUCCUCUCAGUAAGGAGGAUGGGGCAGAUGUUGCUCUUGUCACGACUAGACGAAUUCUCUUGCUAGAGAAGUGUAAAUUCUGGGGCGACUGGGACAUCGAGAUGAAUGAGAAACUGGACAACAUCAUCGGUAUUCCUGCGGUGCUUGAUGCCAAACUCGUCUUCAAGGUCAAAAAGGACGAUUCCGCAUUCAGCCUGUUCACCAGCGACGAGAGGGAGAUCUCCAGCGCCGAUCCUGACGUCGCCCUGUGGCUCCAGCGGAAACUAGGAACGAUCAUGGAUUAUAUGCAAGAGCAAGAUGUACCAAUCCAACAAUAAAAGAUGUACCAACUCAACAAUGCAAUGGUUUUUGAUAUUGAACAUUAUGUACACCCAGACACACAUAAGCAACUUAAUUUAGGGCAACAUUCAAUGUGAUAUAGUCCAUCAAGUGUUUUUUGUAAAGAAGAUAAAAAUAAUGAGUUGAGAGGUGAGCAUGAAAAAGGACAUUAUUAGCUCGACAUGUAUUAACAAUAUUGGGCAAUUUGUAAUGCAGUGAAGAGAGUCUCUGAUAAUCCCAGUUUAUGUCUAAGUUUCCAGUGUAGAACAUGACACUUGGUUUAUAUCAAAGUGAUAUGUUGAUGUGAAAAUGAUUCCAUGUAAAUUUUCAAUGUCAAAGAAAGAUAACACCCCAAAAUUGUCAAAAUAAUAACUUUUGAUAUGGUGAUGAAUUUUGCCCUGUCAAAGUUAAAUGACAAAAGAUACACGGUAAAUGCACUUAAAGUUUAUGCUUUGUAAAUGUCUAAGUCAUAUUUAAUGUCAGAAUGAUGCCAUAUCUGAAAUAACACUCAUAAUUGUCAAAUUGAUAACAGUAACACCCUGUGACUGUCUACUGAUGCCAGUAAAUGUCAAAAUCAUGCCAUGUAAAUUUGAAGUGUGUACAUGUUAGUUAACACCCAGGCUUGUAAAAUGUCUACAGUGUGACACCAAAAAAUUGUGACACCAAAACUUUCCUUGGUAGUGAGUUCUACUGCAGUGACAUCUUGGUUCUUGUUACUAAAAAACAAAUCCAAUUUUGGUGGAAUAUGAAGAUGACAUUGCCAAAAGUUUUCGAAAAUUUAAGAUUCACUUUUUGUUGGACACCCUGUAUGUUGUUUGUUGUGUCGGACAGAAUGUAAAUAGUGUACAUAAACUGGCCAGGGGCUGCAGUAAUAAUCGGACAACAUAUCAGAUGUACCUUGUCAAGUUGUAAACAAGUUUGUGUGGUAUGUGUGAUCACUUAUUUUUUGUCUGUUGCGGUUGUAAUCCCUUGUGUAAUCUGAACAAACCUUUUUCAAAAUACAAUGGAUGAGUACUACUUACUGGGACCUCAUACUGGGUAAUACGAAAAAUUUGAAAAAUAUGAAAAAUAUCUAAGGCGAUUUUUGGUCAUACCCAUUCACUUGUGACCAGGCCACGGAUGCUACCAGUAAACUGCUAUACACCAUAUUGGUCAGUUAGUCUCCAGUCACUGAAAACUGGUUACAAGUGUUCAUGCACUUUGGAAGGAAUAAUACUUAUCACUAUGUACAUAACUGAUCACCAAACAGACAAGUGUGUGGUGUAUGGAAAUCUGACAACAAAGUGUCGAAAAUUUGUUCCUGAAAACUGAGUGAUCUUGUGGCCAAAAUAGUUAUUUUCUUAAUACUUGUUUGUGUAAAAGUAUGUUGAGGCAGUGUUGUUCUAUUGGUGAAUGUUUGGUAUAUUGAAUUUAAUUAAUGUCAAAUUGAAAAUGAUAGUUGUUAGAAUAUGAAAUGUUGAUUCUAUUUUUAGUCUAAUGAUUGUUCAUAAGGCCAAGUAAAAUUAAUUUGUUGUUUCUCGUCCAUGCCUGCACUGAUUUAGAGAGUUUAGCAUCGUGCCAAAGGUGGAAGAUUAAUUUCAUUUGGCUCUUAGUCUCCCAUAGGAUAUUUCUAAUGUAAGGUCCAUUCCAUUUUUGAUGCAUGGGUGUCUUGCAUGCUUUGCAAAACUGUUCAUAGUUUGAUGUACUUACAUGUGUUUAGUCUCAUAUACUAUCGCAUUUACACUAGCAUCUAUAGACAUAAAAUAAUGACACAUAGUGCAAUAUAGAUGAAUUAUAUACUCAUGUAGGAUGAUUUCAUGUGUUUUUUCUUCGGGACACUAGGAGUAGGACAAUCAUAUGCACAAGUGUACUUGGUGUUUUAUGUUUAAAAUCAAGCCUUACGGGUUUUUAGGAAGUUUGGUUUAAGCUACACGAAGUGUACGACAAAUUGGGCUGAGCUACACGAAGUGUACGACAAAUUGAGCAGAGCUACACGUAGCAUACGAAGAAUUGGGCUUAGCUACAUGGAGUGUAUGACAAAUAUGGGCUAAGCUACCCCGGCUGUACGACAAGUGAGGCUAAGCUACCUAGAGUAUAAAACAAAUCAGGCGAAGCUACAUGGACUGUAUGACAAAUUGGGCCAAACUAGACAUAGUGUUUGCCAAUUUGGGGUAGUAAGCAACACGAAGUGUACGGCAAAUAAGGCCGAGAUCGGCAGCAAAUUUGCCUGUCCCGUUCAAAUAGCUGCAUGUCAAUAUUUGGCUGGGGAAAGUGUUCGACUCGCUCAUUGGGAAAUUCUUCCUCCAAAGUCACCAAUUAGCUCACAGCCAAUCUGCGCCACAAUUUUUAGUUUGGUUUACAUCAGAUUUCAGCACAUUGGAACAAGAUCUAGUUUCUUUUUUCAUUCGUAUGUUUUUAUUUCGAAAUUUUAAUGAUUUUGUGCUAUUUAGGUUUGAAUGUAUUUAGCCGUGGCUUCUCUUUAUCAUUGCUUGUGCUUCUUCUGCAGAUAAUUCCAGAAUAUGUAACCAUUAAUCGCUGUGCCUACCCUGCUUACUCAUUUACACAGAAACAGAUAAUUAUUUUUAAUAUCUUAGCAACAUGUGAUACUAAACUCACAGUCUUUAGCUUGUAUACUUCCUCAUAUUUUGUCAUGUUUGUGUUAAAGUACCGUCUUGAUCAGGUAAACAUGUUGAUUUGCGGGCCUUUGGCGUUUAAAGGGAGACUAUAGCCAGAGCCAGGUGGUCCAGUUCUCAAAAUCCUUAAUAGGUGUCUCUACUAUCUGUCGGCACAGUAUAUAUAUGGACUUCUCACUCUUGUACAAGGAAUAUAAUCAUUAUUCCUAGACAAAGUUAAUCUAGUUCAUGAACUGCAAUAGCCACAUGGAGAUGGCCAGUUGGAUUGCUCUUUCAGCUCCUGCCUAUAGUCCCGCCCCCUUUAAAGAUAGUUUGUGUUUCUGUGUUCAGAUGUUUAUAUAUUGCUUUGCUUCCAAUUCACAGAUUGAGCUCAUCUUGAGCAGCAUCCAGGACAUUUUAAAGUCUUCAAAACAAAAUUUAGCUGUCAUAAGCAAAAAAUAAGCAUGCUUAUCUGGUGAUUUAUGACCAAGAACAUUUUCAUUCUUUAUCAAGCUAUUUUAGUGUAUGCUGGUGAACGCUGUUUAGGAUGACUAUAAUAUUGUGCUAGAUAUGAAUCUAUCUGCUAGUUUUGUUCACUUUAUCCUGCUGUGUAUCACUGCAAUGUUUUACCUGCACAACUUACGCCAUAUCUAGUCACGUAUCAUCUAUCAGUGAAUAAAGCAAAUUAGUUGUCAAUUGCCAGUGGCCUAUGUAACUUUUACUGUGGAUAUUGAAGAUAAAUGGCACUGUUGAACCUACAUAUAUGUAUCAUUAUAUAAAAUUCAUGAGUAGCACCAUUAUUUACCCACAAUUGCUAAAUAAUGCAUUGGUUUUAUCUCUCCAAUAUAUUUUUUGUGGGUCCUUUUAUCUGUUGAAUCCAAUGCGAUCAUAUCCACACCUCAGCGAGACAGUUUUCCAGCAUGCUGUGAUUUAUAUAUUCCGGCAGGCCUCCCAACUUUCCAAGCUGGGCUGCCCUGGGAGAAUGUGUGCAUCACCUUUGAAAAUACAGAAGAACCUCUCUAUUGAGGAAACCAUCGGGACUGACAAGUGCAGUCCUUAAUAGAGAGGUGUCCUGAUUAGAGAGGUCAAAUUGAAUGGAGAAACCUAUUUGGGACCAAAACUAUCUCUGGAAGUUGAGAAGCAUGUCUGAUUCUCGGCAAAUUGGUGAACCGAUUCUCCAAGGUGAUCCAGGUAAAGUAUUUUGUCUUUUCAUGUACGGUAGUGUCAUGUCUGUGAUAGUCUAACUAUUCUUGUCUGUUUUACUCUUUCCAGGUUCUUUAACUAUUUCAGCCCUACGGCGGAGAUAUCUCGGCAGGCUUAACACCUUCAGCGUCGAACCACGUAGAUCUACGUGGCCCAAAUCCCCCUCUGAGCUGGUAAUCGGAGUCUCAUGGACUUCAUGAAAGAACUACGCCAUCGCCAUCUUUAGGACAAGGUAGGAACUGAAAAGGCCAAACACUCUUCAGUUCCUACCUUGGUCUUUUCAGUUCCUACCUUGCCCUGAGGAUGGCGAUGGCGUAGUUCUUCCAUGUCCAUGAGACGCCGAUAACCAGCUCAAAGGGGAGAGGGAUUUGGGCCACGUAGAUCUACGUGGUUCGGCGCUGAAGGUGUUAAUAGUCAAAGAAACAUCGUCGAUUGACGAUCCAAAGCGAUCGUCACGCCAUCUGUAGCCAUACUUCAUAAUCAGCUAGAUCACUCAGAUUAGCAGAUAAUAUUCAGUGUAUUGAGUUGUUCGUAGAUGGCGCGUCGAGCGUUAAGCGGGACAAUGACCCAGGGCCAAGGGGCCCAGGGCUGAAAGAUUUAAAGGAACACUCUCCCAAAACAUUGGUGGUUUUGAAUUCUUGAUAAAUGUGUAUCCUGGUUUACCAAUACAUGUAGUUGACAGAUACCAAUUGUUGUGUAUAGGAUGGUUGUUAGGCCUGGGAGGGUAAAAACUGGUAUGAUGAAACAGUUAAAACAUCUGUAGGAGUAGCGUUACCAUGGUUACAUGUGGACAUGUAUGUUAUGUCAAAAACUUAUUACUCCACGUUUUUGGUUAUGUACAUAUCAAAUAAAUUACACUCAUUUAAA